CCCCGUUAAUAGGAAAUAAGAUAUUGUUCGCAUGACUGCUUGACUCUGUUUGCAUCCUUCCUGCGGUUCCGAUUGCUGAUGAUACGACAGUGCACCCACUGGCGCACCUCCGUUUGACUGAUGCUUUCUGGAUACCGCGAUGGUUCCCCGCGUACCUCCGCCAAAGUCUGAGGAGGUGAAACCAGGCGUCCAGGAUGCAACGAAAUCGUGCAAGGAUCAAGCAGCGAAAGCACCACAGGGCGCUGAUGCCAAAGGAACCCCGGAAGCUGCAAAGACCGCUCAGCCCGAUGCUGCUGCUGUGAACAGUGCAAAGACGGAGGGGGCUCAGCCAAGACCUGUCCAGAAUGUCGAAGGAGAUGCUAAGGUGGUCUGCAGCGUUGCAGUGACCAUUUCGCCAUCCAUUGCUGGCACAGACCAGAAAGACCAGCAAAAAUCAAAAGGACCUGAGGUACAUGAAAUAUCAUUGGAAGAUAUUGACCCCGACGCCACGGACGUUGAUUUCACCCAUUGUCGCUUGGGGAAAUUGUCAAACUUGGAAGGACUGCAACGAGUAGAGGUUUUAAUAUUUAGGAACAACCUGCUCAAGAAGAUUGAAAAUGUGCACAUGUUGAUAACGUUGAAGGAGAUAGAGUUCUACGACAACCAGAUUACAAAGAUUGAGAAUCUUGAUGCCCUGGUUAAUCUUGAAACACUGGACAUCUCAUUCAACCGGUUAACACAAAUUGAGAACCUUGACAAGCUUGUGAAGCUAAAGAAACUGUUCCUGGUGAACAACAGGAUUAGCAAGAUUGAGAACCUUGAUCAUCUCGUCAACCUUGAGAUGCUUGAGCUGGGUGGCAACCGAAUCAAGGUCAUUGAAAACUUGGACCGGCUGACGAAAGUGAAAAGCCUUUUCUUGGGGAAGAACAGGAUCUCCAAGCUUCAAAACCUUGAGCCUCUUAAACAGCUUGAGCUUCUCAGUAUUCAAAGUAACCGAAUAGUGAAGCUUGAAGGGCUGCAUGAGAACAAGAACCUCUGUCACUUGUACAUGUCUCACAAUGGCGUUGAGAGCAUCGAAAACCUUGAAAACAAUGUAAAACUGGAAACGUUAGACCUUGCAGCCAACAGGAUCAAGCACCUGACCAACAUUAAACACCUUGUCAACAUUGAAGAAUUUUGGUUCAAUGACAAUGAGAUAGAGAGCUUCGAAGAGGUGGAGGUGCUCAAAAACUUCCCCAAGCUAGCCACAGUCUACUUGCACAGCAACCCCAUUGAGAAGGACCCCAUGUACAGGCGCAAGAUCAUGAUGAUAUCAAGCACUGUGAAACAAAUCGACGCCACAAUGUGCCGGAAGUAACCCACCAAUUCACCGGGCUGCACAACUUGACUUCCGCGUUCAGUGCCACAGGGUUUUUUCGUCCACGUGAGGCUAGUUGUUCAAAACUUGGUUUUGUUGGCUGCAUAAUAACCAGCAGCGGUCAUCAGCUAAUGAGCUUCGAGGCUAAGCUUAUGAGCUGCAAAGCUGAGUUGUGAAAAGGGCAUCAAGAUAGGGCGGACGAGAGCAGAGACCUCUUUGUUGUUUUGUUUGUGUUUUGAAUAAAUGCUACUUGAAAAUGUUCACUUCUCCCAUAGAUACUGUGAAAAACUGGUUAACAUCCGGUAUUCAUUUUUGUACUUAGCACAAGCACUCUGCUUGUAGGUUGUGCUGUGUUAAUUGAUGCUUCUGAAAUCCAAAGGCAUGCCAUCAAAAGUGUUAGUGAAAAAUAUGAACAAGGUACACGGGCAGCAUCAUAUGGUUAACUAUCUGUAUACUACCUGCCUGCUUUGCCUGGCUCUAUUUUUAUAAGAGAAGGUGGCUGCAAGCAAACUUUUGAUGUAUGUGCUCAUCUUUUAGUGUAUUAUACCUCUGCUUGCAAUUUGUCAAAGAAAAGCAGUCCAGAGAACCAGAUGUUUUUAAUAAAUUUAACCUAUUCACAAUAUGUUUACGCAGACAGCAGCCAAUGUAGAAUGAAGUCACUAUACUUUAGUUGUGCACUAAAGAGAGACACCGUUUGUAAUAUGGAGCUCUCCAUUAGGAUUUACAGAUUUUUUUUUUUAUUUGGUGCUGAGUGAUUCACGUUACUAACAGACUUCUGCACCUCAUGACACGCCAAUUUGCUGUGUAACAUUGUAUUUUGCUUACGAAAAGCUGUCCGAAAAUUAAUUCUGGAGAAAGUGGGCAGUAUGAAUAAGUUGGACAUGUAUAUAUGUCUGCCACAUUUUGACUUUGCAGUGCACGAAUCGACAUCCCUCCUCUAUGUCUACUUGAUGUAAUUUGAGCUGCUCCUCUGUGCAAGAAUAAAGGAAUGUUUUUUGGAUUCACUA